AUGAGCGCGGAGUCUCCGUCGGAGGCGGCGCUCAAGCCGUACAGCUCCUUUACCCAGCUGCAGAAAAGAUACAUCAUCUUCACUGCGGCAGGAGCAGGCUUCUUUUCAUCUCUAUCGGCGCAGAUUUAUUUUCCCGCCUUGAACAUGCUAUCCGAGGACCUGGGCGUGUCUGCGUCUUUGAUCAACUUGACGGUGACGAGUUACAUGAUCUUCCAAGGAAUCGCUCCCAUGUUUCUCGGCAGCUUCGCCGACCAGACCGGCCGUCGACCGGCCUACAUCAUCUGCUUCGUCAUCUACAUUGCGUCCAACAUCGGGCUCGCUCUUCAGGACAACUACGCCGCACUGAUCGUGCUGCGAUGUAUGCAGAGCUCGGGAAUCAGCAGCAGCGUGGCCCUCUCCGCCGCGACGGUGGCAGAUGUCGCCACGAAACAGGAACGAGGGUCAUACAUGGGCAUCGUGAUGGCAGGCAACUUCAGCGGUCCGGCCAUUGGCCCCAUCAUCGGUGGCUUGCUGGCUCAGUAUCUCGGAUGGCGGUCUAUCUUCUGGUUCUUAACCAUCGCAUCGGGCGUCUUCCUCCUUCCCCUCCUCUUUUUCCUCCCGGAAACAGCGCGUAACGUCGUUGGUGACGGCUCGAGCCCGGCCCAAUCCUGGAAUCGUCCGCUGAUGGAGUACCUGGUCCAUCAAAAUCGACCAUCGUCAUCUCAAGCUUCAAGCUUAGAGAGCUCCCAAUCCCUGGAUAGCGACUCACCCCAGAAACCCAACAGCCAUAAACUCCGCUUCCCGAACCCACUGAAGCCCCUCGCCGUCGUCUGCCACGCCAACUCCAUCAUCGUCCUCAUCGUCACAGGCGUCAUCAUGGGCGGCAACAUGACCGUUCUCUCCUCCAUCACCCAAAUCUACACCGCCCAAUACCACCUCACAACCCUCCAAAUCGGCCUCUGCUACAUCACCCUCGGCACAGGAUCGAUCCUCGCCUCCGUAGUCACAGGCCGCCUCCUCGACUGGAACUACCGGCGUCUCGCGUCAAAACACACCUCCCCCUCUCAAGCAACAUCCCCCACCCAAGACGAAAACAAAGUUCCCGUCGAAAAAGCCCGCAGCGCAAUCACCAUUCCGCUCGUCAUAACCGGCAGCGUCACAGUGCUCGCAUUUGGCUGGGUCCUACAGUACGGCGAGCCGCUGCCCGCACCCGAAGUGCUGCUUUUCUUCAUCGGCAUGGGCCAGACAGGGGGGUUCAUCUCGACGUCGACGCUUCUGGUCGAUCUACACACGUCGCAGCCGGCGGCUGCUACGGCGGCGAACAAUAUGGUGCGGUCGUUUUUCUCGGCUGGGGCAUCGGCUGCUAUUGAUCCUAUGCUUGCUGCUAUGGGGAGGGGGUGGGCGUUUACGCUUGUUGCGUUUGUUUUGUUGGGGACGAUUCCGUUUUUGUUGUUGCUUUGUGGGAUGGGGCGUGUGAUGUCUGUGCUAUGCUCAGUAUCUAAGUGA